AUGCUGUCCCUGCUGCUGGCCGGCAUGAUGGCUCUCCACACUCUGGCUCUGAUGGAAGUUCAAGUCCCAGAUCAGCCGAUGGUGGCUCUGUACGGUCAAGACACCAGGCUCAACUGCACCUUCAGCGCAGAAAGCCCGUACAACCUGUCGGCCGUGAGCGUGUUCUGGCAGCUCACUGACACCAAACGCAACGUGUAUGCCUUCAACUAUGGCCUUGAGCAGCUGAAGGACCAGGGCGCCAGGUUUGCCAACCGCACGUACCUGUCCCCCCAGAGCCUGCUCCAGGGGAAUGCCUCUCUGCUGCUGCGGGACGUGGUGGUGGCAGAUGAGGGGAGCUACACCUGCUUUGUGCGGGUGCAGAGCUAUGGCAGUGCGGCGUUAUUUCUGCAGGUGGCAGCCCCGUACUCCCAACCAGUGGUGACUUUGGAGCCAAACGUGAACCAUCGGCCCGGGGACGAGGUGGCGCUGACCUGCGAGGCUCACGGUGGAUAUCCCCAGGCGACUGUGGCAUGGCGCGACGAGGGCGGACACACUUUGACCGAUAACAUCACGACUUCACACGUGGCCAAUGAACAGGGGCUGUUCAGUCUCACCAGUGUUCUGACGGUGGUCCUGGAGCCCAGCAGCACCUACAGCUGUCAGCUCAUCAAUCCACUGCUGGGAGAAGAGGGCAAGGCCUUUGUCUCCAUCUCAGGCCAGAGCACGGCGUUCCCUCCGGUGGCUCUGUGGGUGACCGUGGGCCUGGCCGUGUGUCUGCUCGUGCUCCUCAUUGCCCUGGCUGCGGUUUGUCGUCGUAAGAUCAAGGAGAGCUGCGAAGAAGCCAGGAGAGAAGAAGAGGCCAAGGAGCUUGAAGAGGACGAGUCAAAGACAGCGAUGACACCACUGAAAAGCUAG